AUGAACGUGGACCUCUUUAAAGUUAAGCUAGUCGAACCAGAUGAUGACGCAUCGUGAGUUUCAAGCAUUUCGAAAAAGGCCUACAAUUUCAGAAAACAUUUCCAGAGUGUUUCAACUGUUUUGGGUCUGCACUACAAGAACUUUGAGUUUGACCGAGUCUGACAAUAGAUCAGAGAUGGGUGCGAGGUGUGAGACAGUUCUGAAAGAGAUAUCGGAAGAAGAGUGGCCGAUUCGACCACGUUUUCUGACAGCUGAUGAAAGUGAGCAAACUGGCGUACAAAAAUGAAACAAACGUUUUGAGACGCGAACAACCGAAAGGAAUGGGUCGAGAGAAUCAGAAAACUGUUCUGCAAGGACUAUCCGGGACAGUAUUUCUGUGCGAUCACGACGACCGCUCAAGCUCCGCUCACUCCACAGAUUCCCCAGCAACCGACGACGACUUCUGGCGGAUUCGUGGCCGAGCACAUGAGACUGAUCAUCGGAGGAGUGGUUCUGGCGGCCGUCGGGGGUCUCGUCGUCUGCGCGGUCCUCAUGUGCUUGAGGGCGAAGAAGAAGCCACCACCGCCCCCGCCGCCGAGAAGAUCCGGACGGUCCCGAAUGGAUUCCGUCUCGAAAAGUCGGUCCAGGAGCACUAUGAGCAAGGUGGACAGGAAGAAAAAGAUGAAGAAGAAGAAGAAGAAGGCGUCGGAAAAGUCGGAGAAGGAGGAGGAGGAGGAGUCGGAGGUGAAGGAAGUGGAGAAGACUAAGACUGGCGAUGAGCCGACGAUUACUGAUGUCUCUGGCACCAAUACCGGCAGCUAG